ACACUAACUGCAAACUCAGCAAGGAGGAGGCAGCCUGCGUACUCUAGCGGAUGGAUUCAAUAUAGACUCAGCAGGACACUUCUGAUGCCCUUUGGUGCUCGGACUGUAACUUUCGUGUGGCAGGAAAGUUACGUGUCUCCUGCUGUCACUGUGCAUGGCGUUUCUAUGGUAAUGCACUGCUAUACUGUAGCUACAUGUAUUUUAAGUUGUUUUUGUGGUAUUUGAUAGUAUGGUCGUUUGGUCGUUAGAGGGUUUUUUUCCAGCCCAGUAGAGGAAAAACAAAACGUUCUUUUUCUUUUCUUUUUUUUUAUUUAGCAUCCUCUUCCGGUAACGAAAUACACACGGCGCUUUCUCACCAAAAGCAAAGCGUAAUUUGGCACACUCUUUAUCCGCUACAUCGCCUGCGUAUUUUGCGCAUCACCAAGAGGAGCGCUAGGAACUCGUCUUUCAAGCUACACUGCAAAAAAUAUCCACCGUAACUAACGUUUUUUCCAUUGACAUUGUUUUUUGUUUUUUUUUUGUUAAAAGUUCCUGAAACGCGUACAACUGUAUUUUCAGUAAGUAGAACAAUCUCACCUCCGUGGCAUAAAUUUAAAUCAGUUGCUUUGGCGCAAAGUUGGGUUGUAAAACUCACUUUAAAUAACUUGGGCUGGUGACUUUUUGCAGCGUUGGCAGUAAAACCACGUCAUUCUGUCAAACAACUCCCCUUUUUCCUCCCUGUUGGACCAACAUCCACAGUUUAGGAACAACUGGAUAAAGAUUUUGGAUCAGAAUCACAAUCAUGAUGACCGGAUUUCGACUGAACUUGUCGCCGCUGAAGGAGCCUCUGGGCUUCGUCAAACUGGUGGAGUGGCUCACGGCCAUAUUUGCUUUUGGAAGCUGUGGCGGAUUCUCGGGGAGCAACAUCAUAUCUCUCUUCUGUGGCGAUGGCAGCAAUGAAACUCUCAGCGCCAACUUUCACUACCCAUUUAGGUUAAGCCAGGUCCCACUCGUCGAGGGAAACACCACAAUUUGUAACCACUCUGUCACGACGACACACAUGGUGGGAGACUCGGCUUCCUCAGCGGAGUUCUUUGUAGGCAUCGCCAUUAUCUGCUUUCUGUACAGCAUGGUGGCUCUGUUGGUGUAUUUAGGCUACAUGCACGUCUACAAGGACUCUGACUUUGGACCCAUUUUUGACUUUGUGGUCACAGCGAUCCUGGUCUUCCUGUGGCUGGUGUGUUCGUCCGCCUGGGCGAAGGGCCUGCAGAAUGUGAAGGAUGCCAUAGACACUGAUGGCAUCGGCGCCACGCUGGCACUCUGCAAGGGGAGCAACGUCACCUGUGAGGUCACAGAGUUCGCCAACAUGCGGACCCUCAACAUCUCUGUGGUGUUUGGCUACCUCAACAUGUUUGUGUGGGCGGGCAACGCUUGGUUUGUGUACAAGGAGACCCGUUGGCACUCCCAGAAAUUCUCCUCUCAACCCGGACCGGGAAGGCAGCAGGUCCCCGCCCCCAUCUAACAUUCAGUACAAUAUAAAGCAACACACAGUCGCAUGCAAAUACACACAGACACAGAAAUCAACAUGUACACACACCACACAUAGAUCAGACUCAAACUGCCACAAUUUGAGCACAUGUGCAUACACUCACAUGUGCAUGAAGACAUUACUACACACAAAAAAAAAUGCUGUGUGAAGAUGAUGAAGACAGACAAAAUGAAGGAUAAAUUGACAGAUGGUCAGUUUAAAAACUGAUGGAUUUGGAUAUAUAUUGGAUUUUGAUCUUAUCAAUACAGUAGCAGCUGUGUAGGUAGUACACAGAGCGUAAUUCCUCGCACAUUCAUGGCAUACUUGAACAGUUCUAAAAGCAACGUGAAUUUCCCAAAACGAUUUCCUCUGAAGACCUGAGCAACCCUGCAGCAGUAGGAGGCGGGGGGAGGAGAAAGUGCCAUAACUAAGGUUUUAUGUGUAUUUUAUCCUUUGUUAUUUUUUGUUUUUACCUGUUUUAUAUACUAUAGCAACGCCAAUGCAAUUAGUAUGUGAAAUCCUUUUAAACGUGCCUUAUUACAACACUUCCUAGAUGGUUUCUUAUGCUUUAGUAAGCACAUACAUGCAAAGACAAUGACCAAAUGUGUUUGUAUUUUUUAAACUUGAGCUUUAUAGCAGCAUUAUGGCUUGUGAGGUUUUCCUUAAUUCUCUGGUCCAAUUUUAGGAUACUGGCUGAAUUUAUUAUGUUUAAUUAUAUACUGAUGAGUGUAAGGUACUUUAAACUCAUCUGUUUGUCUAUGACAUAAAAGCAACCGCAAUUUUAACGUCUGCAGCAAUAAGGAUAAUGUGAUGAGGGUUGUCAGGGUAACAGAGAGGGUAAGACGGUUGUCUGUAGGGCACCAUGAAGCAUACUACUCUAGAAAUUACAUUCAUUGUAAUUUAUUGACACACAGUUUAUUGCAUACAUUUGAUAUUGGCCUUGACAUUGAGCCAUGCAUAUUUUGUAUGUUUACACCUUGUGUAUCUAAAAAAGUGACUCACUCAAGUAUUCAUUCAUUCUUUCAUUCAUUGGCUCUCCCACCAUUAGCUCAUUUGCUCUCUAGUGGUGGCUAGCAGGUGUUGCAAUGUCUAGAUAAAACUAAACUAGGAUUAUUCAUUUACAAAACUAGCGUAGAGAUGUCCUCUUUUCAUGACGUACACUAAUGAGGCGAAUCCAUAUAAUAGUCUUUAUCCUGCACUGAUUUUCCUCAGUAAGGUAAAUCUAUGCAGACAAGGAGACAUGUUAGAUAAACCUUGAGACACUUUCUGACAUGGACUGUGGAAAAUGGCUUCCAACCCAGAUAUCAGGAAGAAGGUUUGUAUAUUCAUUGUAUGAUGUUCUUAUCACAUCCUUCACGGUGCACUCAUAUGGUGCUUAAUAUGCUUUCACGAUGUCCUUUAAAGCACUGUGAGAGUGUAACUCCAUAAAAAUAAUGCUUGAUUGAGAGUUGGCUACUUAAUUAGUUCAGGAAAAUCUUGCUGUGUGAUUUUGAUUUAUUUAAUCUCUCCUAAGGUACCAGCUGAAGGUUAAAUCCUUCCUUGAUUGUGUCAUUUAAAAAAAAAAAAAAGAAUUUGUUAUUAUCAUUUUGAAUGUAGUAGUGACUUCUGCUUAACUCCUUCAUUCAUCACUUUUUUUGCAUCACUGUUAAACAGAAACAACUCUACCAAAGCUCUAUUGUUUUCUUCCCUGUUUAAGCUUACAUAUCUCCAUGUCAUGUUAAAUCUGUUAUUUUGCUGUUGUUCAAAACAGUCCAUCUUGUUUUUUGAUUGUCUAUUUUUUUUAAAUCCUCCACGAGACACCAAACAGUGAGCUGGUGUUGUGUUUUAUAAACUGUGUCCCCUUUUUUGCCUUAUUUUUCAUUCUCAGAAUAUGUUAAUGAUUAUUAUUGAUCAUUUUCUUUUUCUUUUUUGUCUGUUGCCUUUUGAUAUAGUAAAAAUGUAAGUGGGAUGAUGCAAAUUAAUUUAACUUUGCCAAAGCACAAAGUUAAAUGACACAACAAAUGUGUGGGGUAUACUGGUUAUGCCGCUGCAUUCUUGUAAUCAUCACCCAACUAGCUAUAGCUUUGUCAGUGAUUCCUAUGCAUUUAACCUGCCAAAUUGUCUUAUUCUAGAGAGACAUACAUUCACUCUGUGACAUGCACAAUUUCAAUAUAUCUUUGUUUUUGUUUUUCAAUAAAAAUGAAUGAUAUUUUCAUUAA